CUGGGUGCUCUGAGACAUCUCCGUGCCUCAGCUUCCCCUCUGUGUGAGGCUGUUGGUGACGUGCCAUGCUUCCCUGCCAGGGUGACCUGUGUGCCAGGCGGGCUCGUGGCCGCCAGCCCCGUGUGCCACCAUGGCGUCCCGCAUCGGGCUGCGCAUGGAGCUGAUGAAGCAGCAGGCGCAGCAGGAAGCGGAGCGGGAGCGGGUGCAGCAGCAGAUGAUGAUGAGCUACAUGCAGCAGCAGCGCAUGCCCGUGGCCUCCAGCCCCGCCAUCAACACCCCUGUCCACUUCCAGUCCCCACCACCCGUGCCUGGAGAGGUCCUCAAGGUCCAGUCCUACCUGGAGAACCCCACCACCUACCACCUGCAGAAGUCUCGUGACAAGAAGGUGCAGGCGUACCUGUCCGAAACCUACGGGAACAAAUUCGCUGCCCACGUCAGCCCUGCCAGCCACUCUCCCAAGCCACCCCCGGCCGCGUCCCCCGGCGUCCGGCCCGGCCACGUCCUGUCCUCCUCAGCGGGCAACAGCGCUCCCAACAGCCCCAUGGCCAUGCUCAACAUCGGCUCCAACCCCGAGAGAGAGUUUGAUGAGGUCAUCGAUGACAUCAUGCGCCUGGAUGAUGUUUUGGGCUACAUGAACCCCGAAGUGCACAUGCCCAACACGCUGCCCAUGUCCAGCAGCCACAUGAAUGUCUACAGUGGGGACCCGCAGGUGACAGCGUCACUCGUUGGUGUCACCAGCAGCUCCUGCCCCGCCGAGCUCACCCAGAAGAGAGAACUCACAGAUGCUGAGAGCCGAGCCCUGGCCAAAGAGCGCCAGAAGAAAGACAAUCACAACCUGAUCGAGAGGCGGCGAAGGUUCAACAUCAACGACCGCAUCAAGGAGCUGGGAAUGCUGAUCCCCAAAGCCAACGACCUGGAUGUGCGCUGGAACAAAGGGACGAUCCUGAAGGCGUCUGUGGAUUACAUCAAGAGGAUGCAGAAGGACCUGCAGAGGUCCCGGGACCUGGAGAAUCACUCUCGGCGCCUGGAGAUGACGAACAAGCAGCUGCUGCUCCGCAUCCAGGAGCUGGAGAUGCAGGCACGUGUCCAUGGGCUGCCCACCUCCUCUCCCUCGGGCGUCAACGUGGCCGAGCUGGCUCAGCAGGUGGUCAAGCAAGAAGCCAGCGGGGACGAGGGGACCCUGGAGCCGCUGCUGCCACCCCCAGACCCCGAAUCUCAGGCGCAGCCGGCGCUGCCCGUGCCACCCCAGUCCCCCUAUCACCAGCUGGACUUUACCCACAGCCUGAGCUUCGAAGACGGCUCCCAGGGCUUCCCCGACAGCCUGGAGCCCGGGCACAGCUCUUCCUUCCCCUCCCUAUCCAAGAAGGAGCUGGACUUGAUGCUGAUGCAGGACACGAUGCUGCCCCUGGCCUCUGACCCCUUGUUCUCAGCCAUGUCCCCCGAGGCCUCCAAGGCCAGCAGUCGCCGGAGCAGCUUCAGCAUGGAGGACACGGACAUGCUGUGAUGGGGAGCUG